AUGUACCGGCUAGCAGGGGAUCUGAUGUUGACGUUGAUCGUGGAAACGGAUGACUUCGGAGCGACCCUUUUCACGAUCGAUCGCAUAAACGAGCUGCGGUUGAUUGCCGGUGGUGGAGAUGCCAGCAUAGGGAUCACCGUGAUUCACCUGUUGAACGUGUCGCUGAGCCAACGGACGCUGCAACGCGAAGUGAACCUGCUGAAGGAGUGCUCCACGAACACGAUCGGGAUCUUUGUCAGCCCCCGGUUGUGGCCCGGUGUCCGGUUGUUAUCGGAAACCCUGGAUUACAACAUCUUUCCGCUCCCGUCGACGCACGAUCUGUUGUUUACGAAGGCGGCCCAUCUGCUGUACGAGAUGCCGUGGACAAACGGCAACUCUUCCGCCAUGGUGUACUCCGGUUCGAGCGAACUGUCCAGCAGAUUUAGUGCGAUCUGUCGCCACGAGCAUCUGUGUUUGGAGAAUUACCCCAGCAGUGAUAUGAUCUACAUCAUGCUUGGGUUAGAUCCGGCGAUCAGCUUCGCGAUCAACGGCACGCUUGUGCUCGUGCUGAUGGGACACGAUCGGUUACAUCUGUCUGAUCUACCACAUGGUGCGUUCGUGAUAGCGGAAACCGAACUAAACACUGCCACCCUUGGGUUGUCCUGGGCACGCUAUGGAGCCAGUGUACGCGGCUCGGACGUACUCGUCACUGGCAGCUUGCUGCUGGAGGUAGCCGACCUUUUGAACCGCACCGGAACCGACUGUCGCAAUGCCAGCAUCGAGUGCAUGAACAACUGGAAGUACCACGCGAAACGAUCCGCCACGGAAGUGCUCAAUCGGUUGCACCUCACCAACGCCACCCAAUCGAUGAAGUUCGAGUUGCGACAGAAAUCGGCGGCUCCUGUGCGAACCAGCAAUCUUACGGACCAACCAACCACCAAAGAGACGGACGAAGGCGAGCUGCUCAGAUUGAUUGCCAGCUCGAACGCGAUCACCAAUUACACGAGUGUGUACCAGCGCGUGUACCAAACGAACGCAAACACUCCGUCCAAGCUGGGCAUGAUUUUCUACUGCGCGAAAGAGUUCGAAAUCCGCCAUCCGGACUUCAUCGAGCGCCAUUACCAGCACAACCGGCCACCGGUGUAUUAUGGUGGUGCACCCACCGACACCGACGAGUACGCCGACAUGUACUGGCAGAUCAAGAUGGAAGCCUGGGUCGCGGCCGGACUCACCGUGUCCUCACUGGGCAUACUACUGUGUGCCGCCAUACUGAUCUUUCUGAUCGUGCGCGUCUGCAUGGACGACAUCCUGGAGGGCCACCCGCUCGGAAGCAUCCUGCUGCUUGUGAGCUUGAUCGUACAGUUUGCAGCUUUCAUCCCGUUCAGCUUCGAGUAUACGGGUUACACGGCCGACCUUGCCGGACACCGAUCGGACACGAUGCUCACGUGGAACGCCCACUGUACGGUGAAAAUAUUCCUCGUGUCGAUGUGCUACUGCAUGACGUUCUCGUUGCUGCUGUGCCGUGCCAUUAUGCUCGCCUCGAUCGGCAGCGAGGGUGGCUUCCUGUCGCACAUCAACGGUUACAUCCAGAGCGUCAUCUGUGGCUUCAGCACGCUCGUCCAGCUGGGCCUCUCGACACAGCUCGUGAUUGUGCUGCACGCGAACGCGCACAGCAUCUCGUGCGGCGAGAUCUACUACGGCCACUGGUUCUGGGCGGUGAUCGCGUACGAUGGUGUGCUGCUAGUGUCGCUCAUCUUCCUGGCACCGUUCAUAUUCCGCUCGCAGCGUAACUACCGCGAAGGGUUGCUGCUCGUGACCGGAUCCGUGCUGUGUCUCGUCAUCUGGACGGUGUGGAUACCGUUGUGCAUGUUCGGGUACGAGUGGCGUGAGGCCGCAAUUUCACUCGGUCUCGUUGCCACGGCACUGGCCGUGCUGGUGGGCAUCAUGAUCCCGCGGUGCUUCCUGAUGGUGCGCAGUAUCGCCCGGUCGGAUCUCGUGCAGGCGCUUCCUUCGCUAACAUCGCUUGCCUUCGCACAGGCGAACCAGUUCAUAUCGGAUCAGAGCGUGUACGAAUGCGUGAAUCCUGCCAUGCGCCAACGUUCACCGACGGACGAGAGUUUUGUCAUGGAUCAGGACCUGGACGAGGCGUAUUCGGCUAACAGCGAAAUUCCAACGUUACCUCUGCGAGGCCAGCGUCGCAAUGGGACGAUCGGGAAUCACGGUGGCAUGCUUGCACCGUUGGAUCCGCGACACGCGGGCGGGAACGUUACCCACAUAGCUCCCAGCUUCUACGGUAUCUCUAACCCGUACAGCUGCACCGACUCGCUGACGUCGAUUUCGCCCAACAAAAUCACCCGGUUCUAGGCCUGGCGUGCCUGGUCGUCCGCGAACGUAACGUAUUCUAGUCAUCGAAAGGGUGGGGAAACGGAUUACCCAUCUUGCGCUACACUUGUUUUGCGUGUGCGUGUGCGUUUUUGCCUUUUCAUUUGUCUUCACGUGACCGACAAUGUUCAAUUUUUUGCCGUACUGACCAACCAUUUUCAUUACCGUUUACUUUUUUCUUUUUAAUCAGCGUUAGCUUAGCUUA